CCAAUCUAGUGCUUGACUUGAAGGCUUCUGACUGUGUUGUUGCUUUUCUGAUCCCCAGGCUUGUUUCCAUCAGUAUCACCAAUGGACCAGUAUUCUGUGGCGUGGUUGGGGCAGUAGCAAGACAUGAAUAUACAGUUAUUGGCCCGAAAGUGAGCCUUGUGGCCAGAAUGAUAACUGCUUAUCCAGGUUUGGUGUCUUGUGAUGAGGUAACAUAUCUAAGAUCCAUGCUACCUGCUUACAACUUCAAGAAACUCCCUGAGAAAAUGAUGAGAAACAUCUCCAAUCCUGGGAAGACGUAUGAAUAUCUUGGCCAUAGAAGAUGUAUCAUGUUUGGGAAGAGACAUUUGAUCAGAGUGAGAAAUAAAAAUCACCCUUUGUUAGACCGGGAGAAAGAACUAGAAGCCUUCCAAAUGGCACAGCAGGGAUGUUUGCACCAGAAGAAGGGACAAGCAGUUCUGUAUGAAGGUGGAAAGGGCUAUGGAAAAAGUCAGCUGUUGGCUGAAAUAAACUUGCUGGCCCAGAAAGAAGAGCACAGGGUGUUGUCAUUGAAGCUGAAGGAAGCAGAUUCCAAGCAACACUUCUAUGCCAUCCAGACCCUCAUGGCCAUCUUCUUUGAAAUUGAUACAUGCCCAGCCUUUUACCGGCAAGAGUGCCUACAUAAACAGCUUUGUGGGAAAGUGGAGGAACCACUUCACUGCCUUUUUAAUGACCUCUUCUUUGUAAAGUUUCCCUUAUCCUUCGAAGUUUCACACAUGGAUGACCUGGCCAGACAAAAGAAGAUUAAAGAGUGUUUUUUUCAAGUGCUACAGGAGGCAGUGAGGGAAACACCACUGAUUUUCCUCAUUGACGAGGCCCAGCAUAUGGAUGCAGCUUCCUGGGAGUUUUUGGGAACAUUACUCUCCAGUGUGCCCAUCAUCAUGGUGAUGACAUUGAUGCCUACCUCCACCCUGUGUGGUGGGGCCCAGCACGUCCUGCAGAGCCCUCAGGCUAUGCUGAAGCCCAUUUCGAAGUGCUUGGGAAACCCCCUCUACUGUAAGGUUCUAUGUCGGGACCUUCUCUCUAAGGACAUAUUACUCUUUCAUGACCUACAAAAGGGAGAGGAGGAGAACAGCAAGUGGGAGACCCUCUCAGCCAAUGCCAUGAAAUCCACAAUGUAUAGUAUUUCUCCUGCCAGCUCUGAAGAAGACCAGAAAUUUUAUGUCUGCACAGUCAAGGAUGAGGUGAACUUGGACACAGUGCUUCUCCCACCAUUGUUAAAAGGCAUGUUCCUCGAAGAACUCAAGUGA